CAUGUGCCAUGUCAUCUUUGCUCGUCGAAUGGCUGUGCCGCAGAUUGCAGAAGAACUGAAGAAGAAACACAUGGCUCGGCAAACGUCGCUCUCCCUCCGAUGAUCCCGAGGGACCGAGCCCAUAAACACGUAAGGGGGAGCUGGAGCUGGAGCUGCUCACGAAUCGCUGAUCGCUUCUGCAACGAGCCAAUGACCGCGACGACCGACCGUGACCGGGGAUCGAUGGAGGUACGCGCCCGGGCGCCCGGCAAGAUCAUCCUCGCGGGCGAGCACGCCGUCGUCCACGGCUCCGCUGCCGUCGCCGCUGCCAUCGACCUCUACACCACAUCCUCCCUCAGCCUCCUCCCCGAAGGGGAGGAUGGCGGUGCAGGCGUGGUGGAGCUGGACCUCAGGGACUCGUGCCUCACCUUCUCGUGGCCGUGCUCGCGCAUCCGCAGGGCGCUGGGGGAGGUGGGCGGCAAGGCCGGGGCGCCGACGCCGUGCUCCCCUGACGAGCUCGCUGCCAUUGCCAAGCUCUUUGAGGGCCAAGACAUCCCCGAGGCCAAGAUCCGGCUCUCCGCCGGCCUCUCCGCCUUCCUUUACCUCUACACCUCCAUCCUGGGCUGCAAGCCUGGGAAGGCGGUGGUCACCUCGGACCUGCCCAUAGGUGCGGGGCUCGGCUCGUCCGCAGCUUUCUGCGUGUCCAUGUCGGGUGCUAUAUUGAUGGCGGCUGGUGCAGUCGGCAUUGGAGGAGACAGAGAGGCUGAUGAGUGGGAGUUGUUCGGGAAGGAUGAUCUUGAGCUGGUCAACCAGUGGGCGUUCCAAGGGGAAAAGAUCAUCCAUGGCAAGCCUUCUGGCAUUGACAAUUCUGUUAGUACUUUCGGAAGCAUGAUUAAAUUCAAGAAGGGGGAAAUGACAAACCUCAAGUCCAGGAACCCAGUCAAAAUGCUCAUUACUGAUACAAGAGUUGGUAGGAACACAAAGGCGCUAGUUGCUAGUGUAUCUGAAAGAGCAUCUAGGCAUCCAGAUGCUAUGGCUUCUGUCUUCCAUGCAGUGAACUCCAUUAGUGAAGAGCUUUCAAGCAUUGUUGAGUUAGCAGCCGAGGAUGAAAUAGCCAUCACCUUGAAGGAGGAAAAGCUAGCAGAGCUUAUGGAGAUGAACCAAGGUUUGCUUCAGUGCAUGGGAGUUAGCCAUUCUUCUAUAGAAACAGUGUUGCAAACAACUCUGAAAUAUAGCCUGGUCUCAAAGCUAACAGGAGCUGGUGGUGGAGGCUGUGUGUUAACUCUAAUACCAACCCUAUCAGCCAGCAUAGUUUUGGAGAAAGUUGCCACAGAGCUUGAAUCUCAUGGUUUUUGCUGCUUUAAAGUCGAGGUUGGUGGACGAGGUCUUCAAGUAUGCCGAGGAUAAGACUCAUCCUGUUCCGAGGAGAUGUUGUACCAUACUUUUAGAAAAUGCCUUACCCUACCGAACUAAAGAGUUAAGAUUCACUACUUCAAUUGUUCGAUGAUUAGGAUAUUCUUCUGCCUUCCCCACGAGAUUCUUGUAUUCACUACAUGAAUUCCAAGAUGCGGAUAUUGUUCUGCUAUUCCUAGCAGAUUACUGUAUCGAAUAAGCACCCAGCUGCACGAUUGCUGGUGUCAUUGUUGUAUCAAAAUAAAAUUUAAACUUAAUGAUUAUUGCAAUGUUGUAUCAAUAAAAUAUCAGUUUCGCCCC